AUGGAGUAUAGACCACCUAUGCAACCCAAUAGGGAAAUCCCUCAAUCCAUUUCGCAAAUUCAAUAGGAAUAAAGAAUGAAGUUCCAAUUACAGCAGAUUCAGGCCAAGAUCAUUGAAGAAAGACCCAAUUUCUAAGACAUGCAAGGUGGACAACCUCCAAAUAAACCCUGGUUAGGAGAGGACAUCUACAUGGUUGUAUUUCUGCUUACUGUUGAAAAUGAUCGAUUGAGAGAAGAAAAUACUCACGUUUAGCAACUACUUAAUACUAGCGAGAUGAGAUACAAGGGAGUCGAUUUAGUUGAAAAUGAAGUGAUAUCUCAAAGAGUCAAAAUAGGGGAAUACGAAAAGAAACUCGCCUUGUUAUAAAUGGAAUGUGAAUAAUGGAGAGUUAAAUAUUAAAAUAGAGAUAAGGAAAGUGAGGAUCAGAGAUAUCAAAAUGAACUUCAAAGAAGGAUAUAAGUAGACAGGGAAAUACGAGAACUCACAGCCAGAUUCAUUGCAGAUAGAAAUCAAUUAGAAUAAGAAAAUAGAUCAUUGAGAAUCGAAUUAGAUUAAAUGAAAUUAUCAAAGUAUUCUUUUGAGGACAACAAGAAGUAGUGUGAAGCACUGUAAAAAGAAAAUUAGAGAUUGAAAUAAGAAUUAGAUACUUUAAAGAAAGGCUUUGAUGAACUAGAAUAUGUACUAUAAAGUGCUGGAGAUUUAGAGUAGGAGAAUCAACAUCUCAAAAUUCAAAUUGAAUAACUUUAGAAAUAAUUCUAAUAAUUACAAUAAUAACAACAAUCUUAAAUACUUUAGAGGCCAUAAUCAUCAAAUAAAAUUGAACUAUCCAAUUCAAACUACAAUGUUGUUCAAGAAAAUAGGAGAUUGAAAGAUGAAAUUGAUAGAUUAAGAACAUUACUCAAUCUAGGAACUGGAAGUUAUUCUAAACCAUUUAUGUGA